CAUACCCGACUUGAUGAACAAGCCCAAUGGACUCUAGGGCUUCAGAAUAAGCCUCACAUAAAUUUCCACGAACUGUGAAUUUUUCUCUCAUCAGUUCUCUGAAGUGCGCGAAAACCUACAAGUCAAUCGACAAUGACAUUCAAGCGGAGGAACGGAGGACGCAACAAGCAUGGCCGUGGACACGUUAAUUUCAUUCGCUGCUCAAACUGUGGCAAGUGCUGCCCUAAGGACAAAGCCAUUAAGAGGUUUCUCGUGAGGAACAUAGUUGAGCAAGCUGCUGUAAGGGAUGUUCAGGAAGCAUGUGCUUUCGACAUGUACACCCUUCCCAAGCUAUAUCUGAAGAUGCAGUACUGUGUUUCUUGUGCCAUUCACUCCAAGGUUGUUAGGGUCCGAUCCCGUACUGAUAGGAGGAACCGUGAGCCACCACAGCGCUUCAGACGUCCAAGGGAGGAUCUACCGAAACCAGGUCAAGGGCCACGCCCUGGUGGAGCACCGGUUGCUGCCCGUGCUUAAAAGUUAAAACAUGCUUCUCCGUCUUCUCAAUUACUGAGUUUUGGAACUCAGUUAUGGCAAUCAUUUUAUUACCAUGGUUUUGACUUAUAACCAGUUUUUUGACAUAUAUUGUUUAAUCCAGUUUUUUUGUCGGACCAAGAUCCAUGUGAUUAUGUGAUUUCCAACAUUGAAGUAUCUCAUCCCGUGCUAAUCAAUGUAUUUCAUUUUUCCUUCCAAAAACAUGGCCUUGGAAGCAUAUUGUUUUGGAAGAUUUUGAGCUAAUUCUACAACAGUUAGUAGCCUAAAAGAAGCAUUCUCGUCAACUUUACAUGCUCUAUAUCACUUGUACAUCUAUAAUAAUGAGGAGUGGCAAUACUUGUGUUUUGAA